AUGGUGUCAACUCUCUCAUAUACCGCAUGCACCGUCGCAGAGAGUUGCAUCACCGCGCUGAUGGUGGCGAUUAUGGGCGUCCGUCUCUGGCUGCGCAAGUAUCGACACCUUCCCUUCGCAGUGAGUGACUACCUCACUAUGAUAGCCAUCGACUGUUCUUCGCGUCCACCAGGACCUCAGGCUAUGGCAGCCCUGAAAAAGUCCGCACAACUGUUCGAGGCCCAAACAUAUCUCUGGGUCACCUACCUCUGGCUCCAGAAAGCGGUAGUUCUUCUUUUCAUUCAACAGAUCUGGGGGUGCCUCCCGUGGCCUCGCAUCUGGAUCCGACUGGCGUGCGCAUAUCUGAUACUGACCUUCAUGGCAACCAUAAUCAUCUACACGAAUACAUGCAUUGGACCUGUGCACCAUCCCGGCUUGACGGGCAGGCCCCCGAGUACGUCCGAGAAUAGCUCACAAGACUCCUACCGGCUUAUCUUCCUGUUGUCGAGUAUGGCUAACAAUGAAGGUGUAGCCAAUUGCAUUGGAUCCAAAGGAUCCCUCAUCAGCUAUGUCUUCCUCAACACCUCCACCGACGUGGUGCUCAUCUUACUACCGAUUCCCUGGUUGAUCCGGGUGAAACGAUCCUGGUCGAAGCGCCUUCUCCUUAUCGGGCUGUUCUCGAUCGGUCUCUUAGCCGCGGGAGCCAGUCUGUCGCGAGCUUUCCUCCCCGGGACCCAGACCGUCAACACCAUCAUCUACUUAUUCGAGGGCACUUUGGCGGCGCUGGCGGCCAACCUGCCAAUGAUCUACAGUCUCCGCGGCCGGAGAGCGCGUUCAGCCUCGCCAGCACCGUCAGAUCCCGAGUGUAGCACGCCGUUCCCGCAGCCUCCGCGACCUCGCGCCAUCACCGACACCGAGAUCAUCGGUGACUCUAACGAGACCGACACCGACACCCCAUCGGAGCACCAGAAUACGCGGGUGUCGAGUCAGGCUAGCACCGAGCCUUUGUUUCGCCGCGAGUUGAAUCUGUAAUUUUUGGGGUGGUUAGUCAGGGCUGGGACCUGAGCAGUGGUUGUAUAGAUGGCGGCCCUGUCUUGAUGAUGAAUGUAUAUAUUUCUCGGC